UUGGCUACUAGAACAAGCAAGCAAUUAUAGUGCCAGCCUUUUCUCUCUCUCUGCCGCAUUUCACUACUUUCCCAACCUCUCUGAGGAGCUUGUUUGGCUCAAACCUCAAAAUGGUGAUUCAAAUUCAUUGCCUCCUGCUCUGAAAUCUUCUAAUCUGGACCGUUGAUUUGCCCAAUACUUCUCUAGGUUAGUACUAGUUGGAAUGGAGGGAGCAUCCAAGGAGCCUACCUUCUUCAAGAUAAUCAAAACUGGGUUUAACACUGAUGAUCUGAGAAUCCCCCCAAAGUUCCGGAGGCACAUGUUAAAUGAACUUUCUGAAACGGCAACUUUGGAGUUGAAGGGUUCUUCAAAAUGUUCAUGGACUGUUCAAGUGAGUCAAAUAGAAAGCGAUAUAUAUUUCAAGAAUGGAUGGCAGAAGUUUAUAAAAGAUAACUCCUUGGGCGAUUUUGAGUUUUUAGUAUUUUGGUAUGAGAGACCGAUGCAUUUUACUAUAGAGAUCUUUGACAAGACGGCAUGCAAGAGAAACAAUCUUCUGGAAAAAUCCACUAGGGCUGACAACACUAAGAGGCCUCGGGGUAGACCAAGAAAGUGCAAUCGUUCAGCUGCUGGUGAAAACAUUCAGAGUUGCCAGUCCUUUGAACUGAAAGAGAUCAAAGAAGAGGAAGAAGAGGAAGCUGCCACAUUGCCCAGCUCUGGGUUCCGUUCUUUUACAAGUAUUAUGGGGAAACGCUGUUAUAAUGUGGCAGUUCCAGUGGACUUCAGUAGGGAGCAUCUUCCUCAGGGCUACUACAACAUUGUGCUGAAAAAUUUGAAGGGACAAAAAUGGAAAGUGAAAGUCGUCUGUUCUGGUAAAACAGUUAAACUUUCUGCAGGGUGGGUGGAGUUUAGACGUGCUAAUCAAAUUAACUGCGGAGAUAUUUGCACAUUUGAUCUUGUGGGAAGAAGGACCAUGGUGGUUCACGUUAUUCCAAAGUGAUCAGUAUGUUAUUCAAGAUUUUCUAGCCAAUUAGACAUACUAGUAUUUGUGGCUUGUAUAAUGACCUCUCUUGUUCUGUUGGACUGGUUUGUUGCUGUGCUGUUUAAUUAAGCAGUAAUCUUAUUUUCAAAUA